CAUUUCCCUUCGCAAUCCUCUCCAUCUGCCCCCUAUCUGAGCAGAUCUCCAUCAAACUGUCUGAAAUUCUCAUGUUUCAUUGACAGCAAAUUCAGAGCUACCGCCUCUGCUUUGUGAUUCACACAAGUCUGUUUCUCCGGCACUCCUCUAAUGCCGGGAACAAUUCAAAUUUCAGUUUCGGAUAUCGUGGAUCUUCCACCUUCUUCGACACCGCCUUCUUGGACUUCCAUAAGAGGUUCUACAUUGAUCGUAUCUCUUUUUUUUUUUUGUUCUUUUUUCAUAUGCUUAGAUGCUUUGUCCCUGUCUGAUGUUUGUGGGUUUAAGUUGCGGAAUGCAGUAACUAUGGGAAGAAGAGAGUAUCAAGCAUCAGAAAAUGGAGAUUUGUCAAUCCCACUAACCACCCUUCGUGAGAAUUUGGUCGUGAAACUUCUAAACAGCAACGGGCAUGAGAUAUCAUGCACAGUUGUCGAGACGAGACUGGUCGUUGAGAAGGGCAUUUGGGAUGAGAUAUUCCACCUUGAAGGAGGUGGGAAAAUGCAUCUGAAGAUGCAGUUUGUCCUCAGCGAAGAAGAGCAAUCCCGUAUCCGAAUGAUGAGACUAUCUGCACUGAAAAAGAAACACGGUGAUCUAAUCAAUGACAGCUCAAAGGGUCCAGACAAAGCUACUGACAUUGGUAGAGACGCUGCAACAGCAUUGCUCUGUACGCGUGGAGUUUCGGCAGUUAGCCGACAAAAGGCCGAAGCUUCUGCAGCUGAAUCUGAAUCCACAGAGGUUCUAGAUAAGAGGGAGAAAAUAUCUCCUCCUGAGGCUGCUACCAGAAGAGGCCUUCAUGGUGAAAAAGCUUCUUCUUCUACUUCGGUGUCCAAGCCACCAGCUACUUUUGCAAAAUCGUUUAUGAUCUCUCAUUCUAAAGCGGAGCAAGGUGCUGCUCGAAACACGGAGACGAAGGGCAUGCAAGAGAAGACUCCAAGCAAUGUAAGGAAAAUGAUAAGUGCCUUUGAAACUAGUCUAGCUCAGGACAAGAGACCUCGCAUAAAACCUCCCCCUACUAAACCAAAACUGACCAAGAACGAAAUGGAAGUUCUUCCAAGUAAUGAACAAUCAAAAGAAAGAGCAACUGCAGUUUGCUCAAUUGAUUCUUUACAGAACCAACACUCAGCAGUUCAUGAAAAAGCAGGCCGAGUAGAAGAGACGGAAUCUGCUAUCAUUUCAGGAAGAACUCUCAGUGGUGAACCUCGUGAUGGAAGACAAUCAUGGAAGGCUCAAGCUCUGAGUUCCGAUAAGAAUGAAGAAAUGAAAUUAUUAAGCUACCAUGGAAACAUGGAGGAUUAUUCCAGUGAAGGAUCAAGGCAGUGGAUGUUCUUAGAUGAACCAAGCAACUUUUGCGUGACAACUGGUGGGAAGAAAAUGAUGCAUCUGAUGGAAGGUCAGAUGAUUCGAACGGGCAAUUGUCAAGAAAAGAAAAGUAUUAUGACCCCUAACACGCUAGAAAAGCUAGUUGGAGUCGUCAGCAGGUCAGAUAUCGAGAUGAACAAUAGAGAACAGGAUAAGGCAUCUGCUUCCAGGCAGAGAAAACCCGAGAGCAGCCGCAAAGCAGAUGCUGACCCUUCGGGUGGACCACUUGGACAGCAAAAACUGCAGAUAAUGUGGUAAGGAGGAAACCCCAGCAGAAGGCCUUCUUGAGGUAGCAAGUGGGAAGCCUCAUGGAGAGGACGAGCACAUUUAGCGCUGAUGAGGACAGACCUAUCCCAAGCAAGCUUGAUAAUUCGUAUAUUGGGUGCGAGCCAACUUAGUUGAAGCACCAAUAAAUGACACAGACCCAGAUGAGAUACCUAGGAUCAAUAUUGAUGUAACGAGAUAAGCCGGGUUAAGCAUAAAGAUUGAAUUGCAUGCCAGCUUCUCUUCAAAAUCCUCCUCUCCUUCUCCAAUGUCAUCAUGGGACGGUUUCUGGGAUGCUGCCGCAUAUGCCAUCUGCGACUUUGAGGCAGAACUCGGCAUUAUUCAUUGACAGGGAUUUUUCAUUCUAUCUGAAUAGAAAAAAUAAGUUAACAGACAAUUCCCAACAUAGAGAAAUUAUUGUUGACCUUGUUGCUCGGUUCUGUUUGCUUGUCCCCAAGCAUGUCCGUUUGGUAAUUUUAUCUAUUCUGUUCAUUUAAGAGAAAACAAAACAGAAGUUACUGUUCAUUUGUUAUGUCAAAAGAUGUGCAGAGUCAAUCUAGAAUUACAGAGAAGUCCACCUUGAUGUUUAAGCAAUGCUCGUGUUAUCAGUAACGUCAAAGGAAAGCCUAACACGUGAAUUCUUUUACAGUCUGCCGAAGAAAUGACUUCUGAAAAUAUAUUUCGGUUUGUUGUUUCU